ACAUGGACGGUGCUGAAGAGCGGGGAUUGGGGCUCAUUGUGAAGCUGCCCUUAGCUCAGUGCCCGCAGGUGAGGAGACUGACGGGCAGGGUUACUCAGGGCGUGCUGGGAUUUGCAGUUCAUCCACAGUUCCUUCACAAAGUUAUCGAUGGCGUUUGUGGCAGGGCGCAGCCUCGAUUUCAGGACUAUGGCAGCAUCUGGAACUUGAGGGAAUGGCUGGAGGUCUUAGAGGACAUCACCGCUUUUAUAAAAAUUACUGUUGGCAAAGAUGGCGCCUCAGAUGAGAUUUCUAAGGAACUAAGCGGAUUAAAUCCAGAAUAUCAGGAAAUGAUGAUCAGGUGCAUGACAAGUAGAAGACCUGAAAUUAAAGAUGCCUUGGUGGAGAGGGCAUGUGCUAUGUCUUCUGCAUAUUUAAAAGAUUUUGACUGGCAACUCAAGCUUGCUAUGUCCAGUGAUAAGCUGUCUACAUUGCAAAUGCCGCUGGUGAAUCUCGACCUGGAUAUUGUAGAAAAUGGAGCAAUUGCACCCGCCUCCAUUGAGAUGACUAAAGAAGAGCUGCAGAAUCUUAUCAAUUCUCUUGAGGCAGCGAACAAGGUUGUCCUUCAGCUGAAAUGAUGAAGAGUUGGAUGAUUAGGUUUUCCACCAACUGUACGCUGCGGAGCUGCUGAACCUUGAGUAAUUGAAGUCAACCAUUACCAGACUGGCUUCAGUAGGCAUGGCAAUGACAUUUGAAUGACUGUGCUAUUCUGCAUCGGUGCCCCAGCAUCCUCACUAUGGAAGAACGGGUGUGGGGAGAUCUGCUCUUCGUAUUGCAGUAUUGUACAUGACCCUUCUUUAUAAUUUUUGGUAUAGAAACUGUACAUACAGUACAUAGCACAACCUUGUAGGUAGGAUUGUUUUGUAAAGUUAAUUUCCCAUUAUGUAUUAUACUGUAUGUGAGAGUGAAAUAAUAAAAAGUGCUUUCUAGCA